AUGAUGUCAGAUCCUUGUUUACUCGUAUUCGGAAAACGUUUAUUGUUAUUCUUACAGAAUAUCUUGCCAUCUUGGUAUCGCAUACCGGUAUACAGGGUGCACUACCACAGAUCGUUGUAUCACGACAACAACUACGUUCUCAGCAUAUUAUUUUCAUUCGACAAGGACGACGAUAGCUAUCAAUUUUCCUACUCGUUUCCGUACUCGUACACUMGGCAGCAAAACUAUUUGUCUUUGAUUGAAAAAAAAAAGCUGCCUUACUUCAAACGUGAACUACUAGGACAAUCGAUCCAAAACAAAAGGUUGGACUUGGUUACUAUUACUAAUCCAAUGAAUAUGAAUCCAACCGAAAAAGUACAUGUCGUUGUGAUAUUAGGAAGGGUGCACGGAUGUGAGACGCCCAGUUCCUAUGUCUGUCAAGGGAUCAUUGAAUUUUUGAUUAGCAACCAUCCAGUCGUAGUACGUCUUCGAAAAAAAGUCGUCUUUCAACUAAUACCGAUGAUGAACCCCGAUGGAGUCACUUUAGGAAAUUCUAGAACCAAUUUGCUGGGAAUCGACUUGAACAGAGCUUGGCACAAGAUAUCGCAAUGGGUUCAUCCGAUAUUGUACGCCGUUCAAAAUCACUUGAUAGAAAUUGAAAAGCACGAGAACAUGGAACUUGACUUGGUAAUCGACAUGCAUGCUCAUUCGUCUCUUCACGGUGUGUUUACUUACGGGAACGCUUACGACGAUGUGUACAGAUACGAAAAACACAUACUGUUUCCAAAACUGUUGUCCCAACACAUUGAAGGUUAUGAACAAACGCACUCGCUCUGUAACAGAGAUUUUAAAAAAUGUGGAACGUCACGAAGGUUUCUGUGUCAAUCGUUGAAGGAAAAAGUCAAUUGUUAUACGUUGUUCGUAUCGCAGUACGGCUUCAGAGUUUCGCCAAAUACGAUGAUUCCGUUCACGGAAGAUUCUUUUUAUACCAUCGGCCGGUGCGUGGUGCUUGCGUGUUUCGACUACUUCAAAUCGACCGGCGUGCUGACGCCGCAAGACGCCGCCACCAAGUGCGUCAAGAAACGAGACAGAAAACGGAAAACUGUGUUGUGCCGACAACGUGAGACUCACCCGUUGUUUAAGAGGAAAAUCAAAAAGAAAUCGCUCGCGUUGAAACUGGUGGACAUCAAAGACUCGUUUCGCAGCGCUCUGAAGGCUUCGUGGCCCCCAUCCGACGACCCGAACAGGGCAAACGCCAACAAGCGUCACAUGCGCUUCGUGGACCUGUCGAAGACCGUCGAUAAUCGGAGGUCGUCAAUCCCUGCAGACCGAGAGAACGCCACCGCUCCACAUUCGUUUUCGAUUAUAAACGUCAAUGACAUCAUACGAGACACAGACGCGUUGCUCAAGUUCUGA